AGCAGUUUGAUUUUUCCCCUACGAUCGACUAGUCGACAGUAAACAAACGUGCGCUACCGCGCGACACAAGUUCGAACGCGCGCGUUACCGCGAAGUCACGGAGCCUUUUCGAGGUGAGCUGCUGGCUAACGGACGUGAGGCUAAGGUUCAAGUGUUGGUUCGCGAAAAGGUUAUCUCGCCGCCAGGGCUGUCUUGUGAAUAUUAUGCAACGUGUGCCGCUUACGUGCGCCGCUCCUUUCUCACACCGGUGAGUGUUUUCAUUCGGUGAAACGGUGGAAAGGAUCUUCUGAUUAGCGAACGGCGGCGGCGACAGUGUUCUCGAGAAAAAAAAAUGAAACUUCUUUGGAACAAUGGGACGACGCUCCUGGAAAUUAUUUCAUUCCGAAAUCGCGAACGGUUGGCACGUGUGGGUGGAGAAAUGCGCCGUUAGAGAGUUCUACCGCUCGGAGGCUAUCUUGGCAGUUUGCCGAACAAGGGAUUGAACCAGUUCAUGAAUAAUAUAUUUGUUAGUUAUGAUUGUGUGAUUAAUGGUUAAUGUGAAUAACGCGAGUGUAGAAAUUUGAGUGGGCAACGAUUCCAAUGUGUAAGCAUUAUUUUAAUGCCAAACAGAAUGCUGAUGAUGCAAACGAAGAAUAAGUGAUACGAAUGCAAUACCGAACAACAAGUGAAUUGUGUUAAUCUGUGAAGUCACACAGAUUGUAUACAACGAAGUGAUUGUUUUCAUCGGGUAGUGAACGCGAUAGCAAGAUUUGAACUGGUGUUGAAUUUAUAUUUUGUUUACUGAUAAAAGGCACCUUCGGGCAAGAUGCCGGAGUUUGACGACACGUUCCUGUUCGAUUGUGCCAAGUUCGAGAAGAAAAAGUGGAAGUCCUAUAACAUAACGUUAAGGCCAAGCAGUCUAGUGCUCAAGAGCACUAGCAGUUUCAGUCCCAACAUCCUCAAUAACAGCAACAAUAACAACAACAACAACUACGUCGAGGGAGGUGAUGUGAUUGUGGUGAACGGUCUGAAGCCAAUUUGUGAUGCAGGAGAGUUACGUUCGCCACUGGUGGUGAAGAAACGUGACCACCGGAGGCAGCCGCCCCAACGGACCCGGAACGGUGCCGUCAGCUCACUGUACAGCACCGUGAACCCGCUCCGCGAGAAGAUUCUAGGGAAUCACUUCAAGCGUCAUUCGUACACCUGCAGCGGCGGCGUCGACGGCGUUAGUGGAGGUUCGAUCGCUGUUACAGUGCCAUCUUUUGGAGAAUAUUGUGAUAAAGCAUCGACCACCCCCAGGAACAGCAGUGGUUGCAUCGUGGUUGGCGGCAGUGCCGCCGGGAGUAACGGGAGUAACAACACACCUCUAGCGACAGCAGCAACACCUAACUCUUCGACGACGACCGUAUCUACAGAGAACGGACCCGACAAAGCAACACCCGUAACGCCCGGAGCACCGGGAUCCUCCGGUCACAAGGGUAGCAUCAGGGGCAAUAAGCUGGCUCGUCGGGCACGUUCCUUCAAGGACGACUUCCUGGAGAAGAUCUCGCAGAUACGAACGCCCACCAAUACCAUGACGAGGUCCCACUCACCCAACAGUCCCCGCAGUGGUAGCGCCGGAGGCGGACUCCGUGGCAGCGGAGGAAAGGGACACGCAGAUGAUCUGUUGGCCGCUAGCAAACCCGUGCAGGAUUUGGCCUACCAUGUGCGCCAGGUGAAGAACGCCCUCACUCACUUCAAAGAUGUGAUACUGAAGAACAAGCUGGAGAUGCUGCCCGGCAACGGGACGGUGGUGCUCGAGCUGAUUGCCAACGUUCAUACAGCUCUCCAAUCGUACACUCUCAACGAAAACAGCAGCGCGCUGAUCAACGCCACCAAUCACGUGUACAUGUCGCUGGGCAAUUUGUUGAAGCUCUGCGACGAAGUUCUGCUGACAGCGGACAACGAGAAUUGUCCCUCGCUGAGCAAGGAAAACGUUAAGGAGAUAGUGGAGCUGGUCGAUAACGCCGUCAACAAUUUGGUCAAUUUGGCCAACGAAAAGAUUUCCGACAAAGCUGCUGCUGCUGGCAGUGCAGGUCACGGCAAUUCCUCCAAUACACUGCAGCGGCCAGCCGUGGAUAUCGCCUGCCAGCGGACGUCGCUACCGGACAUUCCACUAACCCCCCGGGAGCGGGACAUUCUCGAGCAGACUUCGCACAAAACGGUCCGCGCUUCCCACAGCACCGAAAGUAUUCUCCGCGAUUCUAGUCCCCCUCCGAAACCGCCGCUUCCGGACCGCGGUCAGGAUCCACCGCCGCUGCCUCCGAAGCGCAAGACCCAACACUCCAAAAACCACUCGUUCCACGAGACGUCCGACUGCAACUCGGACUCCACCUUUCUGGGAUGUGGCGCGCUGGAUCGUAUGUCGCUGCGGUCUCGUUCACCCGAGGAUAAUUCUAGUCUGCUGAGUGCCAGCGCUGGCUCGCUGGACUCAGCUCUGAACCAUUCGCGUGAGGAGGAGGAACUCCGAGCGCUCACCAAUGACAAGGCGUCGCUGCUUCUGGGGCAGACGUGUGGAAACAGUUCCGCGGUCUGGGACGAAGCGGACUGCACCGGUAUGCAGCUCCUCAGUGGUGGUGGAUCGAUCCUGACGGACGCCGCUGCCCUGAACAAUCGCAACUCGAACGAAUCGGGCUUCGAGUCUAUGUAUUCACUGCGAAUUAGCCGAGAUCACCAGAGCAGUGCGUCGUAUAAAUCCUCCGCCUACUCUAGCACCACAAGCUCUCAAAUUCACAAAUCAGAAUCGCUGCUGGACAGCAGUAUCGGUUGUGGCAGUUCCGGAAAGAUAUUUUCCAUUGUCAGUAGUCAGCAGCAGCAGCAGCAUCACCACCAUCACCAUCAGAUUCAUCAGCAGCAGCAGCAACAACAGCACCAACAUCAAAAGAUCGAUACCUUUCUGACGCAGGCCAGCGGUGAUGGGGCUGAUAUUGUACUCUCGACGGCCACCACAACCGAAUUCACCCGCGUACAGGCUGCCAGCAUGUCCAAGCUGGUGCAGUAUGGUAGCAUUGAAGCGAACGACGAGGUAUUCGGAAACGAGCCUAGCACCAUCAAACCUCCGGCACUGCCGGUGAAAACGCGAUCGCACAGUAUUAGACGCGAGCGUCACCCAUCGCAUUACGAUAAUGUGGACGAAGCGGAACUGGAGCGAAGCAGCUCCCAGGAUACCUUCAACACCUCCUGUUCGAUCCAUCAGACGGGCUACCAGAGCCGGCAGCAGAUCAUUAACAAUCUACCGAGCAAGCAUAUCAGCUUGAUCGAGCCGCGCCACAUGAAUCACUUCAGCGAGGAGCCGCCACCUCUGCCGAUGAAGAAGAAACACAUGUUUCAAAGUGUGGCCUAUUCAGUUAUGGCUUACAUGGAGAUCUUCGGAAGCGCUACCCAGAACCAGUCGGAGUUUAUGCGACAUUCGGUGCACACGUACAAUCUGUCACAUCACUCCAGUGAACAGCAGCACCACCAGUUUCACCAGCAGCAACAUCAUCAGGCGGUAUCGAUGACGAGCGGAGCCAGCAGCAACAGUAUCACCCACAGUCAGACUAUGAGUUUGUCACCCUCCCGUAUUGGGCCACCCCCCGUGUCACCGCCAAGCUCGCCCUGUUUGAACGUGAAACCGCCAGCAUUACCACCGAAGCGCCAGCGCAUCAACAGCAAGACCCCGAGUAUAACCUCCACGCCGCCACCUAGUCCGAAAAUAUUUGGCACCGAUCAGCCAUCCCAAUCGUCACCAUCACCCUCGCAGCAUCACAGCUGUUCGUCCCCGUCGCCAUCGUCAUCCUCCGUGGGCACGCUACUACCAACGCCUCCGCCAAAGAAUCAAACCGCCCUAAAUUCCGCCGCUAACAGCACGUCCCCGACUAACAACCAUUACGAGAGCCAGCAGCCGUCUGCAGCCGUGACCAAAAUCAAGGUAUCCCCGGUUUCUGGGGACGAUCAGCUUUUAGCUUCUAACUCUAGUACUAUCCCGAACACUACCACUUCUCCAACCCUCCUGCAUCACGUGCAGUAUAACAGUUUCAAUAAUCUUAACCACAACAACAACAACAACAACAGCAGCAGCAGCAGUAAUACUAAGUUAGCUUGCAAUAACAUCGGCACUGGUAAGCCAUCCGAAGGGGAAUACCUCCACCUGUGCGAUUCCGUGUCGAACUCCCUGCCACACUAUCAAAACAUGCACUCCUUAGCGGAUAUCAGUGGCAUGACAUCAGCGAUGACGAUGACGAAUCUCAAUAGUUCUAUCGAUAAUAACCUUCUAGUCAACAAAAGCAACAACAACAACAACAACAACAACAACAACAAUAAUCGUAACCCAGAUACCGAAGUGGCGGCCGCCGACGUCCGGGAGGCCAACUUCACCAGCCAGCCGGAGGACGACGAGGUUGAGGUGGUACUUAGGCGCAAUAACAAGAACGGAAUCACACUGAUCGAGCAACAGCAGCCCGCCCAUUUGAUGGACGAACUGGAUGUUAGCAAUUAUCUGGUGUUCAAGAAGGACAACGAGGACGGUCCGGACGUGAAGGGGGGUCAUCCGGAUGCGCUCAUCAUACACGCAACCAAAGUGCAGAAGAUUUCCGAUGUCACUGAUGAGUUUUUAGAGGAUGCCUACGGAGAAGCAUUUAUCACAACGUUCCGUACCUUCAUCUCUCCGUUGGAGCUGAUCCAAAAACUAACCAGCCGGUACUCGCUGUUUCACUGUCAGAUGAUUGAUGCGAAGCAGAAAGCCGCCAAAGAGUCCUUCUCACUUCUGGUACGAGUCGUCAACGACCUAACAUGCCCUGAUCUAUCCCGCCGGCUGCUGGAGAUCCUGAUGAACUUCGUCUACCAGCUGGUCUGCGCUGGCCACCUCACGAUGGCCAAGCUACUGCGGGUGAAGCUCAUCGAGAAGGUGUCCCUCUACAAGCAGAAACAACCCAAGGAACCAAGUUCGCUGGCCCUAUCGUUCCGAGCAGUCAUGACCUCCCCGCCGACUCUGCUGGAUCUGAAAUCGGCAGAAAUAGCCGAGCAGAUGACCCUGCUCGACGCGGAGCUGUUCCACAAGAUCGAAAUCCCCGAGGUGUUGAUCUGGGCCCAGGAACAGAACGAGGAACGUUCGCCCAACCUGACGACGUUCACCGAGCAUUUCAACAAGAUGUCCUACUGGGCACGUUCGCAAAUUCUUAGACAAGAAGAUGCCAAAGAUAGGGAAAAACAUGUGAUUAAGUUUAUUAAGAUAAUGAAACAUUUGCGGAAGAUUAACAAUUACAACUCGUACUUGGCGUUGCUGUCGGCGCUCGAUUCCGCACCAAUCAGACGACUCGAAUGGCAUCGCACUAUUACCGAGGGACUGAAAGAGUAUUGCGCGUUGAUCGAUUCGAGUUCCAGUUUUCGAGCCUAUCGCCAGGCGCUAGCCGAAACGAAUCCUCCCUGCAUACCUUACAUCGGUCUAGUUCUACAGGAUCUCACCUUCGUGCACAUCGGCAAUCCGGAUCUGCUCGCGGAUGGCUCCAUAAAUUUCUCCAAACGCUGGCAACAGUACCACAUUGUGGUAAACAUGAAGCGUUUCAAGAAAGGCAGAUCGUAUCAGUUCAAGAAAAACGAGAAAAUUAUCGGCUUUUUCGAUAACUUCGAGAACUACCUGGACGAGGACGCCAUGUGGCAGAUUUCGGAAAGCAUCAAGCCGCGGGGCGGACGAAAGCCGAACACUACCAGCAAUUAGUAUAAGCUGAACUGUCUCAAGGGCAGCGAUGAACACGAGCAGCAGAUGGUGGCGGUAGCGCAGCAGCGGAAAUCCCAACAACAAUCCCCGGCAGUGGUAGCGGUGGUAACGGACCAACAGCGCCAAGGUGGCGCCCGGUAAAAUGUGCAUCCCAUACCACAUUUGAGUUCCAAUGAUUCGUUUGGAGGGGGGAGGUAUCGUUUCAAAUGCCAAAAAUGCUUUUUACGUGUAUAAGUUAGUUGUUUUUUUUGUAUUAUUUUCAAACUGUUCGCAAAUCCCUUUUGACGAAGCGAUCAGACAGCAUUUGGUUCGCAUUUUGUUUUUCCUGUAAACCAAAAUGCUCUUUCUUAUGUGGCAAAUGUGUUAUUUUAGUUCUUACGUCGUAUUUUUUUAAUACUAUCAGAGAUUAAAAGUUCGUCCCUAGUUUAUUCUUGUAAGGCACACAUACCCAAACACAGACAAACACAGCAAAGGAAGAAAAGAUAAUUUUAUUUAUAUUCAACACCCUAUUCUCUAGCAUAGUGUGGCUUCGGCGGGCUGAAUCUAGCGAGGCAAAUUGUAAAUAAAACUAUGUGUUAUAUGGUAGCGAGCGCCAUAGGAAGCAAACACUACAUUAUGAAACAAACAGAAACACUAGAACGAACACAGACAAACACACAAACUGUAAUGUUAAAUCUCUCCAAGCGCAAACAAAAAUAUACAGUCCUACACAUACACUACCGAAUAACCACACAAAGAAUCUGAAUAAAUUUUCAUUCAACCUAUUUAAUUUCA